AUGUUCGGUGGUUUCAUAGAGUUACACCGACUCCGUGCCCUCCGAAAAGCAGCAGUAACAAACCCACGGAGUUCCAGGGCUGAAGAAACACACCCGCGGCGCCCGCCCAAGCCAGCAGGAGGCGCGGCACGCCCGCAGGCGGCCAACGCGACCCCUGCGGACCCGCCUGGUCCCCUCGCAGUCGAGUGGCACGCCGGAGGGGAAGCCGCCCCGCCGCCUUCCUUCCCUCCCUCCCUCCCUCCCGCCUUUCUUAUGCUCAAGCGGUGCUCACCUGUCCGCCGGCGGGCUCCUCCUCCGCGCCCUGGCGAGGAAGAAAGGAGAAAACACACAACAACAAAAAGCCCCACCGGGGAUUUCCACCGGCAGCGCCGGGGACUUUCCGACAUGUGACAAGCGCCGCCGGCACGCACGGCGGCCGCCGCUAGAGGGC